AUGGCUGGCAUCCCUGUGGCCAAUUUGAACGAGCUGCUGGUACUGAUUGCUAGCCAUAUACCAUACCGGGCAGACCUGCGCAGCCUCUGUUUGGUUUGUAGACGGCUGUGUGAUGCCACUCUUCCAGUCCUAUACGAGGAUCUUAGAAUCGCGGCAAGGCGUACAGCGAAAGAGGAUAUCCUUGACUGCGUGGUAGACUCGCUUGAACGGAUACCUCUCCGCCGUUUAAGAUACACCAAGCAUGUCUGCCUCUACACUGUGCUCAACAGGCCCUCUCGCUGUAUUCACGAUGUUAGUAAGGUAACCGGAGUGCCUAUGAUAGAAGAAGAAGAGGAAGAAAAGGUAUAUGGGAGGCUACUGAGGGCCUUGGAUGUUGUACUGUCGGCCAUUCCCAAGGAUGCUCUCCUCACCUUCAGGUGGGAUAUGAAAUCAUGCCUCCCCCAGGACCUGUUCUCGAAUGUUCGUGGCCUGAUGGGUAAUCAACGGCAUGUCAGGGCCCUUGAAUUCCAUACGGAUGUCUGUUGCAGUAAAAGUACGGGAGCAGACUACCCCAUAGAUGUCUCUUGUCUCCAAAACCUGCAGUCUCUAACAUGGAGAGGACCGCGUCAAGGGAAAGAUUUCGAGUUGAUCCGGAAGUGCCUUCGGUCAAGCAGCAACAUCAAGACAUUGAAUCUAGCUUUAUGGUGGUAUGAGGAAGAUGAAGAGUUCAUCAGUCCAUCAUUCCUAUUCUUGAAGCGCAGAGAUAAAUAUCUGAUACGGGAUGUAUUGGGCAUUCAAGAAGAAGGGAUGAACCAGCCUUUACCCUCUCUUGAAACAUUAUCUCUUGGGCCAGUAUCGUUUUACGGCAUGGAGGCCGACAUAGCAUGUGCAUUGAAUCUGGAACGCCUGCGUACCCUGAAGCUGCAGAACUGUCCAGGCUGUUUUGGACUGCUGGAAGCCCUUGCUGAGUCCACCAAGAAGCCCCUGAGAUUGACAACUCUUGAGAUCACACUUAACCUGUCUAUCAACAAUCGGAAACUUAGGCGAUUUGACAAUAUUCCUGCAGCCUUUUCAAGAUUCCUUAGGGCAUUCCACAGCCUAGAGAACUUGUUCCUUUUUCUUCCGAAACGCAUCCUGGCGGGCAUUGACGCUGAUGCUAUUCUGAACAACCACCCGGGCCUUCGCCGCCUACUUAUCCAUGGCUUCGUCUACAGAGAGCUCACGGUAGCAGAUAGCAACGGAGUUCCGGAUAAUCUCUUCCAGCCCUUGCUAACGGGUUCUUCAAUAAUGUGUGUUGGAGCACGCUUGCAUGUCCGAACGAUGAUUGAAAGGUGGAAGAAGCUGUCACCAAGACCGUUGUGCAAGCUGUUACAUCUUCGAGUAAGACCAGACCCCGGGUUCAUUCAGGGCCCAGAGCCGAUAACGCAAAACCGAGACAGGUUAAUAAACACCGGAUUGAUAUCCAUGCUGGAUUUUACAAAGUGGGCAUUCAGCGACGAUGGGCUCCCUGAGCUCCAGGUCCUCGCAUGGGGUAUGUUUUCUCGUGAUACGCCUUUGGACAAUAACAUGCUCUUUUGCAGGAGUGAAGACGGAUUUAAACCCUUGACUCGAGCGGAUGUAUAUGCUUGGGACUUUUUUCAGCAAAAUAUGGACAUGUUGACUUUGACCCACGACCAAAAUUACUAG